AUGAUAUUUUCAUUUUUACUAAUCUAAUUUGCACAAGGAAUCAUCACUGAAUGCUCAGGAGAGGUUACUUAGUUUUCAAAUUAAGUAUCAGGAUUUAAUUGCUAAAAUGGAUACACAUCUACAAUUAAUUUUCCAGACUCUUUUUCAAACAUACCAAAAUUAAUCUUUUAUCCCAGUCUUUUUGAUUUUGCUUCUGUUUCCUCAUCUUAACCUACUGCUAAAAUUGACAUUGUAAGUGUAACAUUAACAGGUAAAGAUAAUAUUUAACGUAGAUUUUCAAAUCAAAUUAACAUGUCCCUAUUAAAGAAUAAAUACUUAUACUCUCAGGUGGUAUGCAAUUGAUGAUCAACGCUUAAUCGUCAUUAAUGAGUUUAAUUUAAAUCCUAUAGGUGCUAAAUCAUUUACUUUUCAAAAUCCAAAUAUAAAAAAAGCAAUUCUUUCAAUUUUAGGGAUUGGAUAUAAAGCAUCAUUUGAUAUGGGUCUAUCUGUAUGAUAUAUCAUAAUAUAAUAAUAGAUAGCUGAUUUAACUUCUACAUCAGUAACUGUAAAUUAUUAUAGUUUGAAUGCCAAUUUUCUUUUCCUUGGGUAUUAAUUAAUUUUGGGAACUGAUGAAAUUAUCACUUAUAUUGAUCAAAUUUAAUCCACAAGUGUAUAUACAAGUCCACAAUAUCCUGUUAAAUCUAAUAGUUAUUUUAUAUUAGGUUUUAGCUAAUUAUAAUAAGGGUAAAAUAAUGGUGUCAUUACAUUAAAAGCAACAAUUAAUUAAGGUGCCUCUGUUGUUGACUAUGCUAUUUCAAGAUGUAAGAUAUAAAUUUAUUGAAAUAGGGGGCUCUGGAAUUUAUGCUCGUAAUACAAUCUCAUCAUAUUGGUUAAAAUACACUGUUGAUAAUCCCUUUUUAGCAAUGGAAUGUUUUACUGUUAGAAUUAGCAAAUUAUUUGAAAUGAAUUCAGAUUAGAAACCAGCUUUUCAGUUGGAAAUUUUUGAGAUCAAUAAAAUAGUUAAUACAAUAGGAUCAGAAUAUAUUUUACUUAAUGAAUCAAUUACAUUACUGAAUAUUCAUGUUUAUUACAAAUGUCCAUCAAAUAAUAAAAAAGUCCAUAGUAAACUGAAUAAAUGUAAUAGUUGUAGUGGAUCUAAUAAGAUUUAUAACUUAAACCAUUAUUGUCAUGGAUCAAUUAAUACAAUUAAUAUCUAUGCUAAAUUCAAAGCAUAAUCAAAUUAUAAAGAAUUAACCUUAACUACAACAAGUAAUGGUAUAACUAUUGUAUAAAAAUUAACUAAUAAAAUUAUCACAUAAGAAACUAUAUUAUUUGUAGAAUUUUUAGAUGUAUGA